UUAGGGUUCAUUCAUAAUAAUUCAUAAUAUACCUUAGGGUUCAUUCAUAAUAAUUAAUUAAAGAGAAUACAUAUAUUAACGACAUAUAUAUAUACCGGAUUUAGCUUAGUUAGGGUUUAAUUAAUGGAAGCUAAGCUGAGCCACAGCGAUAAUAAUAAUAAUGUCAUUGUCCCCAUGGGACGGAAGGAGGACGACGAGGCCUACUUCCGGCGUAUCCCGCCCGGUUGGGGGUUUCAUCCGACGGAUGAGGAGCUCAUCGUUGACUACCUUGCGAGAAUGGUCAAGAACGAGCCCCUUCCCCGUAACAAGAUUAUGAUUGUUAAUCUUUAUGAUUACAAUCCCCAAGAGCUAUCAGGAAUGUGUCGAGAGAAGGGCAGGGGAGAGGAAGAGAGCUGUUAUUUUUUCACGCCAACGGUACGCAAGUAUAAGAUGGGGCAGCGUCCGGACCGGGCAGCCAAAGACGGAUACUGGAAGUCUACCAGCGCCAAAGAGGCCAUAAAAAACUCCGAUGGGCAAACGGUCGGGUUCAAGAGGUCUUUGGUUUUCUAUAUCGGGAAGUCAUCGGCGUCGAAAGAAAGAAGUGUGAAAACCAAUUGGCUAAUGCAGGAGUACCGCGUUGAUGAUUCUAGAGUUUCUCACCGCACCCAUGAACAUACCAUGAUGCUAGACAACUGGGUUCUAUGCAAGCUUUACAAGAGAGUGGAUAGUAAAGCAAGUAAUAUAACACCCAUAAGUAAUAAUGAGGAUGCCGCCGAUAAUGCAAGCGAAGGAGAAGACGGUCGGGAAACUCAUCAUGAGGAUUACAUGGAGGAGACACCCACCGCCACCGCCAUCCCCGCCCUUGAAACAGAUGGAAAUGAGCAAACUCCGGCGGUCGAAUUUGAGCUAUUUGAUGUUGUGAAGCCGUUCUUAAUAAAUAAAUAACUCCCACUUCCAUUGUUGAUUUAUUUGUAAACCUAACCUAGGUUGUUAAUUACGAAGUGCACUACGGAGUACAUUUUAGACUAUAUAUCCUUCGGUCCCAAAAUUUAAUCUUUCCAUUUUACAAAAUAUUUCUGCUCUAAAGUACCCCAAAAUGUCUAAAGUAUCCCAAAAUAACUUCUACCCAUCACGCGCGAACUACUCCCUUCGUCCCUAAAAACAUGAGAGGUUAGAAAUUUUAAAAAAGAAAUAUUUGCACUAAAUAAUACUAAAAUUUAAGUCAUUUC